AGCCUACCAAACGUUCGCCGUUAGUUCGCCGGUUCGCGUCAAAGUAAUAUUGUACGUACACGAACGCUAGAGUGCAUUCUCUUAUCAAUUGUUACUUUUUUACCGAAGCAAAUCACGUGUUUUUCUUGGUUCAUUUUCACUCGUUCGUCGGUUAAAAAUUAUAAAUUUCGAGUAUUGCUGCCGUUCAAAGUUGAUCCGUCGAACUUCUUAAAUUAUUCCUCGAUUUGCAGAGAAAUUGGAUUUAUCCUCAUUGAAAGAAAUGGAGACCACUGGUAUUGAUUUAGAAGACAAAUACACGUACGUUCCUCCAUUUCCAAAAUUAGAAGACCUGGCUAUUCUCACAGUAUCUUUGGAUUUGUGGAAUUAUUAUUAUUCUCACUAUCACACAGAUUCUUGUGAUGAAGAUGAUGAGCUCGAUGAGGUGAAUGAACUUAUCAAUGAUAUGAAGAUGCCAAACUGCAUUAAAGAAAAAAUUAUCAAACUUUGUGAAACUAUUGAUGACCAGUUGGAUUCUUAUCACUAUCACGACCCCGAUAUCGUGAAGUUGUGCAAUGCUUAUAAAAAUAGAAAACAUUUUUUUCUUUAUGGACCUGUUUGGAAUACGAAUGGCCAUAUUAAUGGCAAGAAAACUGCUGAGAAAGUUUUACAGUAUCGUGAACGAUUAAAUGACAAUGACGCGAUGUUUAGAGUCAUCGCAAAAUAUUGCUUAGAAAAGUACAUGAAUAAUUUUUCACUACGUUUAUUGACCGAAAACUGGAAUAGAGGUAAUUACGGUCAUGAAAUGAUAACACUGUACUGGUGGAGGAAACUUCAUACCGAAAAGAAAACUGCUUCAGGUAGUAGGUCUACAGGAUGGGAUAGACUUUUUCAAUAUGAAAAACGUAAAUUACUUGAAGCUUUAAAACAAGCUGAAAUUAAGGGAUGGCAUGAGUACGAAUACUUUUGGGAUUUCCUUGAUGAAAAUGAUCACUUGUCCAUGGCUAAGAAAUUGAUCCAAAGUAGUGAACAUGUACAAUACCAGAUGAUUCUGUUCUCAAAAUUGAGUAGGCACCAGCUCGUAUGUUUAUUUUUAGAAGAACCUGUUGCUAUAAUUGCAAAUUUUUUUCAAUUAAAUGAAUUCGAGUUGGCAAAAGCGGCGUGGGAUCGUGUCAAGUCAACAAUACAAGGUGAAGAAUUUCAAGAUUUAAUUGAAAGGAUUUUGUAUUGGGAAAUGCUAUCUGAAAACAACGACAUACAGUGCUUAGUUGAUAUAAUAUGGAACAGCGCACCUGUUAAUUUAAUCGAUUAUGUAAUAAACGUAAAUGAUUGUGAAAUUACAGAGAUAUUUUUUUCGCAAAAACCAAAGUAUGUAAGUUCCUCUAGUUUCAACUUUCUAAAAGUAAUUUUCCCUCGUACAACGCUUGAAUUCAGAAAGCAAUUUUUUCUACAAAAAGGACUGUACUUGAUAUUGAAUUAUACUCAGGUGGUGCUCAGUUCAUUAAUCGAGCACUGCUUAGAUGUCUGUGAUCAGGUAGAAAUCAAGGAAACGAUUCUCGCCACUGCGAUGGAAUCAGAACCGAGAAAAAUUCUGGGUCGUUUCCGGAACAUAUUAUUCUACCGGAGUCUGGAAGAAUUUUAUAAAUUAUUAACAUUUCUUACUUCGCAGCACGACUUGCAAACUCGAGUUAAAAAGCGUUUGCUGCGAUCCGGACUACUCAACAUUAGAGGACUGACCAGAGUUGAUGAUUGGGCAAAAGUAUCGCAAUUUAUAGACGAGUUGUAUCCAAACGAAGAAGAAGCUCGUCGACAUAAAAGAAAGAUGGUAUUUUCAUACUUGGACUCUCACUGCAGUUACUGGGGCUGUUUUCGACGUAACGGCGAAGAUAAGUUUACUGAAAUUGAUCACCUCAUAAAUCAGUAUCUUACCCAGGAAGAAAUCGUAAAAUACAAAGAAAAUACAGCGAACAAGUUUCGAGAAGUUUGCUCCUGUCCACGCUGGCUUAGCAGUCAACAUAUAAAAAGAGUAAAUAUUCCAAAACUCAUUUCGUGGUGUUAUUCUGGGAACGAGGAAAAGAUGUCGCAAUACAGACGUUCAUUUCCAAUUGAUACGGCAUUUCGUCUUCUUUUGCGUGAUAUAGUGGAACGAGUUAUUAAUUACAGAGACGGGCAUGUAUCGUUUUCUUCCUUGGAAGAACUUCUACGUUGGAAAUUCUCAUCGAAAAAAAAGAAAAUAAAAACGUUCAAAAGGAGCCAAUUAUAUAAUAUUAUGAGAAUACCUUAUGUUUCGGCACACAUCAGAUGUACUAAGCCAAGUGAAUUUUCGACUAUAUUGAAGGAAAUGAUUCCGUGGUUUUUCGAUGACGAUGAGUCGAAAAUUGAAGAAUUUCAGCAACUGAUAAAAGAAGACACGAUGCAAAUUAUUCAUUGGUUGAGGUUAAAAGAAGAGUGUUGGGUCUGUCAUGUGUACUGUUAUCGUAGCGAUGAUGAGUCUGACUAAUGUUUUAUUAAAUUAUUGAUUUCGUGAUACCUACAAAUGAAUAGAAAUAAUUGUGAUUGUGAUUUUUACUUACGUUUCAUAAAUUUCAUAAUAAAUACCUACUUUUACUGAGCUGAUCUUAAUUUUUUUUUCUUCUCACGAAACGAAAAUUUGUAGUUAAGGUAUUUAUGUUUCUCCAUCUACCUAUUGUUGAAGAAAUUACCUAGGUACCUACCUUAUGUUAACUUACACUAAAAUUCAAUAUUCAACGUAAAAUUACUUCCUAAUCUUCUGAAUCAAAAUUUUAAAUACUCAAAUGAUUUUUUAAAAUGGAGAAAUAGUUGUCAGACUGUAAUGCAUUGCAAUAAAAAUAUCCUUUUGAAGUGAUCUUUGGUAUUUAUCAUGUGAAAAAAUGUUCAAGAAUUACAGAACAUCUCACUUUUUUCAAUACUUAUCGAAAAAUGACUAGGUAUACGUUUGUUUAUUUCAAGUCAGAAAAAUUGAGAAGCACAUUGCCAAGAGCAAGAAUAACAUCUGAUGUAGAUACCUACUCACUGAAUAAAUUUCUUUCAAAAGUGAAAAAAUUGUAACAUUUUUCAAUGUAAGUAGGUCUAUUAAAUUUGCUUUCUUCAAACUAGACAAAUUUUAUGUAAUUAGAUACAUCAAUUUUUCUUUUAUUUAAAAAAAUCAAUUUUUUUCGAAGUUUUAGAAAUGUUUGCAAUAAAAUAUUAAUAAUAUUGAAAUGUUUGUAGGCUAUCAAUUUUUGAUAUCGGAUAUGUUUCAUUCGAUGUCUAUUGUCUGUACCUAUACUUGCUAUAUCUAUAUUUCUAUUUCAAUGUUGUUGUUGUUUUUUUUGGUUUUUGCAUAAUUUUAGACCCACUUAUGUGAUUCGCUAAACAAUACCAUACCACUUGUCGGAUGAAAUGUUUUCGUUUUUUUUUUUUUUUUUUUUUUUGCUCAUCGAAUUAUAUUCUUUUUGAGUUUUCAAAUGAUGAAAACUGAUUGAAAAAAUGUUUUAAACUGACUGAGAAAUCAUUUUUUAAACAUUUGAGCUUUUCCAUGUCAUAAAAUUAAGAAGCUAAAAAAAAUGUAAUUAAAAGUUUUGAAAGUGUUUUUUGAGAAUUUCGAGAAACUAAUACAUAUGUAUUAUGAUUAGCAUGUUUAUUUAUGGUAUUAUUGCUCAAUGAGUCACAUACCUACAUAUAUUCGAUUACAUUGGUGAUGAAUUUAUGAUUUUCUGUUUCAAUUAUUGCAUAAUAUAAUUUUCUACCACGA